AUGAAUGGCCUGCUUGAUCAAAUACCAACAACAAGGUAUGUCUUUAUCUAUUGUGCCGUCCUAAAUAUUUCCUACCAUACCCUAAAGGCGUACAGAGAAAAUAUUAUGGAAAAUAUUGUGGGGGGGGGGGGGAGACAAAGCAGGCAUUUCUGACUGACAAAGCGGGCAUACCUCGUUGAAGCCAUAUUUUAACGUACAGUUGAAGCCAUAUUUUAACGUGAUAUGUAGAUUAGUAAGGAAUUAGAUUAGUAGAACACAGUAUAUUAUUCCCAUAAUACGCGGCAAUGAACUAACUUCCACAUUUCGAGCAAAUGCCCUUCGUCUGGGAAAGUUUAACCUCCAGACGAACGGUCUUCGUUAGAAACACCGACGUUUGUUCUUAGUUUUCAGUUCAUAAGACAGUUCACAAUUAUUUUUUAAGGCAUCUACUUGGACCAAUUCAUGGUGUGACAAAGCUAUUGUGUCUUCAAGAGACGAAAAAUACAGAGAUUGUUGCCUACUCACUAAGGUGGGCGAAAACAAUUUUGCUGCAACUAAAUUAUUUCUUUAGUAAAUCGUCAAUAUCAUCUCAAGUUAAUCUGUUUUGUGGCAUACCAAGACCAUGCUAGUGAGUUCAAUGUAUAUUUAGACUGAAGUAAGAAUUUCAGACAUUCGGCCCAAGCGAAAAGUGAAGCCACGAUGGCGGUAUAGCCAAUGGGCUUGCUAGUCCAACUGAGUUACGAGGUCAAGUCGGUUCGAGUCGGUGAUUUCCUUCAAUAUCAGUAUAUGUCUUACGAUCUAACAUUUGGUGGUUGUGAUAUUUUCAUGUUAAUAAGUACUGGAGGUGCGCCAAUAUAACAUUCUGGUACUUCUUGAUCUGCCACAGGGGCAUAUAAUUACCAGUGUGUUUUUGUCGUUAAGAAUUCUUCCUAAAAAAUGCAAUAGCAUAAGUAGCUACACAAUUGACACUUCAUCCUUGCCUCUGAUCGAAAAGGCUUUAAUACCUGACUAUAUACUGCUCGUUAUUGGUCUUCAAUUUUUUUAUCAGACAGAUGGGGAAAAAAGUGGACAAAAAGUAACCCAACAGUGGUAACUAUAUACAGUACAUGCACUGAUGCACACUUGCCCUGCAAUGAAAUCGAAACUUCUAUGCAAUAUCACACGAUCAUAUUCUGCCAGCUAGUUGUUAUGCCAUGCAAAGAGGUUUAUUUUGCAAAGGUAGCUGUAAUUAGCCAACUGGUAACUGGAAUUAUUUCUUCAAUUUUUAGCUCAACUUUGCAUCCGUAUAUCACAAUUUUGGCCAAUGGUCCUGAAUCAUGGCCAUUGUUGCUUCAAGAGAUUGAUAGUCUUUUCCAAACAACAGAUAAUAGGUAAUCUUGUUGUAUUUUGUAACUAACAAUAUACACAUGAAAAAAAUUCUCAAUUCAUCACAUGAAACGAUGCCAAAAAUGAAAUACAGUGCAAAAAAAGAAAUACAUGCAGUGAAAAUUUCUUGAUUUUCCUAAUUUUUUAUUUUUCAAUUUCUUAGAUUUCUUAAUUUCUUAAUUUCUAAAUGUGGCUUACGUAACUGCAUAAUUUUUUCAUGUAUAUUAUUAAUAAGUAAUAGUUUGGUUUCUCGUGCAAUUAAAAAAAUAUACACUCGUGAGUUAUUCAAAGAUUUCAAAUUGCACUCGUCCUUCGGACUUGUGCAAUUUUGAUAGUCUUUGAAAUACUCACUCGUGCAUGUUUUUUCCGAAUUGCACUCGAAACCAUACUAUUUCCAAUACAUAUUGGCAAUUAUUUUUUCCCGUUUCGUAAUCCCAGGUUCGCAACGUAUGUGGAGCUUUCUGGUUUGUUGACGAGUGGUCGUAUCACACGAUACGGACCACUCUCACGUUUCGCGCCAGAAAGACAGAAAAACAAGCUGAACUGACUUCAGAGGAUUUAGUGUCAAGCCCGAAAUGUUCUUUUUCCCGACCUAAAUCAUAGGCAGCCCAUUUAAAGUCGAAAAAUCGAGGUACGUUUUGGCGCCAUGUGCAAGUUUAGGCUAUUUUGGGCGUUAUGGUCCUUCCUUCUAUUUUAUUAACAGAUAUAUAACCUUGGGUUUGGGAAGUACACAUGCACUAACGGAAAUUGAUCCAAUGUAUUGAUCCAAGUUACAGUAUUAAAAACGCUAUACUAUAACUAUAACUAUAACUUCGCUGAGGUUCACAACGAAACGUGUUCACAUGAUUGUCUCCUUCUUGUUAAGAAAUUGUAUUCGCCAUUAUUGCUCAGAAUUUUAUGAAAUUACGUCUACAUGUAGCUAAAAGGUGCUUGGUUAUUUUGGAUGGAUGUAAAAAGUUGUUAAACUCCACCAUUUUAUCUUCGAAAGAAAAUCGCUUUUACAUUUUAGCAAUCUUCAUGUUGUAGUUCAACCCUCUUGAAACCAAAUUCUUGCUCUUAGUACGUCAUAAACUGUUUAUUUUUUCGACCAAUUAAAUCACGUAAUAUUUUUUUUGAAUAUGACGAAUGCAAUAACAUCUAUAUAGCAUCCCGUAUGGAGACAGAAACGUUUUUGUCAAAUUACGCACAUUUUUCAGCUUUCUUGCAGCAUUGAAAACAAAUUUAUUUGUGAGUAGAUAGAAAAAUUAUCAGGGUGCUAUAACUUCUUAUCAUGUUUUAUUUACGUGUGCGAAGUAUUUUGCGCUGUGUUGAAGUCGUAUGGUCGUCAGUUUAGAUAUUGUGUCAAACCUUAUGUAUUAUGUAUAAACAAAAUAAACAAUGCUUUUCAUUGCGUGAGUGCUUGCGGCGCGCGACAAAAGUCAGAGCUAGGAUGGGCGAGCUUAUCUAUUUAUUGACAUUUGGUGCAUUCUACACGCAUUUUUGGGCUUCCUAUAUGCCUAAAUGCGCCGAAAAAAAGAAGUAUUUCUUUGACAUAUAAGUGUCGAAAAAUCCGUGCCUAAUGUUUAGUUUCAUAUUCAGCCAUACGUCGAAAAGUAUUUUCAUGUACAUUAAAAUAUAAAUACUGGAACCAAGGACUUAUCCUCAAAAAAUACCUUAAAACGGCAGUUUAAACAUGAUUUGUAGACGUAUUUCAGUCCUAUAUUUUUAUAAAUGUUGUCAUGAACACAAUGUUUUCAGCAAGUGUACUUUGUUGCUGCGUGUCGAAAGAACAUUUUCGAAACAAACAUUUUAGAACAUUUUUGUGUCAAUCCCGUUAUUUCUGCAGUACUCUGAGUUGUAACCUGCGCAGUCAUUGGAAUUGUAGACGGCAAAACCAAAUGGCUGGUAGUAGAUUCGCCUAGCAUCCUUAAACAAAUGAGGUUAUGCAAUAACCACGGUUAGCAACUUGGUAACCAGGUAUCCUGACGUCAGCACGUCACAUACCGGGGGGGAUGGCGCAAUGGGAUUAGGUAACAUGUAUCAUUCGAGGUCUGACGUCCAAACGACAUCAACGUGCGCUUUGAAUUUUUUUUCUCUAUUUGCACGCUUAGCUCAACAAUGUAGUUCCACCAAUUUUAAUUGGUGCGAAGGUGUUAGUUCGGUGGGGGGUGACAGGUCAAGAUGCCAUUGUCACGGAUCUUAAUCUGAGUCCAAGUAACAGUCAGUCCAGGUCACCCCCCUGGUCAGCUGAGGUAACACUUAACCAACCAAACGGGUAAGUAUGGUGGACAAGGUGUUAAAGGUAAUUGUUCAAAUUAUUGUCAAAACAAGACUAUGACACCCUGGGUAUACGAGGUCUUCCGUGAAAUUGAGAUUUAUUUGCUUUCUUAAUUAACUAUGUGUCGUACAGAUGUGAGCGAAGAUUUAUGUAUCUUUGCUUCUUCCACAGUUCCAUAGCAUCACUGCUUAAAGUGUUUGAAGCGUUCUUCCAUCAUGUCCUGUAUAAUCCAAAACCUGAUUACUCUGCUUGUAAGAGUCUACACGCACUGCUGUUGGAAAAAGCUUCUGAAUUGUUGAAACAAACGGAAGAGGGCGUUCUGGAUAAUAUUCUGAGAUUGAUCACAAACCAUCUUCGAAUUUACAAGGUGUGUUGUUCAAGUCUGCUCAAGAGGGUAAUACCUGUAGUUAGUUUUGUUUUCGCGACAAUGUUUCCAAAAACGAAGUCGAGUUAUAAACUUGCGAGGUGUUUCGCCUUUUUGUUUAUUUAUGUACGUAGCCGUGUCGGGCAACAAUUUUUUACUAAACCACGUGAUCACAAGUCAACCAAACACGUUUGGCCUACACACGUAUAAAAACGCACAAGCCUGCAGCAGACUUCUAACAAUGCUGUUCCAACAACUUGUCAACAGGAUGUGUUCGCACUGCUUGUUCCCAGCUUGUUGACAAGUUGUCAACGGCUUGUUGACAACUUGCUACAAGGUUGUUGAGCUCAACAGACUUGUUGUUCCAACAAGUUGUUAUCGUCCUGCAAUUCAACAAUUUGUCAACAAGUUGUGAGUGACAACCUUGUAGCAACUUGAUAAAAUAACAGCAUUGUUACAACUUGUUGGCAAGCUUGCCACAAGCCUGUUGCGAACACAUCUUGUUGACAAGUUGUGAGAUUUUUACGUGUGUAGCUAACAAUCAAUGUUAUAUCAUGAACAGUUAAACUGGCGAAGCAAACUAUUUUUGAAAUUUCCCCAUAUUUUCCGCAUUAAAGUAGCUAUAUUGAAACUUAAAAUGACUGGGGCAAACUCUCGCUUGUCAUGCAACUCUCAUCCUACCUACUGUAAGGUCUCUGCUUACAGAGCCGCGGGAUAUCGCCAUGCGGGCUAGCCCACAUCCUCAUAUGAAUGCGAUAGUUGCCCCGGUCAACUUGAAUAGGGAGUUGAAUAAAAUUAGCCAAUGGCUAACAAGUAACAAAUUACGGCAUCAUUCGACCAAAACCAAAUUAAUGUACGUUGGUUCAAAGCGUUAUCUUCAUAAGAUAAACGAUGAUAUUCCUGUAAUGUUAAAUAGCCAACUGAUUCCCAGAGUAUAUUCAGCUCUUGUUUGGACGUUAUGAAACACUACGUUGGGAUGAACACAUUGAAACGAUUUGCAAAUAAGUUGGGGCAGGUAUAGGAACGUUAAAACGCAUCAAGCUCUACACUCUUGCAAACAUGUUCCAAUCAAUUUAUAGCACUCUGAUUCAACCUUAGUUCAAUUACUGCUCUCCACUUUGGGAUACUUGUAACAAAACACUGAAAGAUAAGUUACAAAAGUUUCAAAAUCGGGCAGCUACAAUAAUAGCUGGCAUUAGCUAUGAGAUUAGGUCUGCUGGCGUUCUUCGGGCUCUUGAGUGGGAAAAUUUAGAUUCGAAACGAGUUAUACCAAGGCAACAUUAUUAUAUAAAAUUCUGAACGAUUCUAGUGCACCAAAUUUGAAAGAGUUAUUGAUGAGGAGGAAAUCUCCACUUAGAAAUUCUCACGCUGAUCUGGCCCUUCCUAAACCGAGACGUGAAUUUCUUUAGGUAUACAGCGGUACUAAACUUUGGAAUAAUCUUCCGCGCGAAGCUAAGGAAGCGGAUGCAAUUAGUCAAUUUACUCUUUCAAAAGUUUGUAAAACAAUUUAUUUCUUAGAUAGAAACAACUAUAGAUCUUAAUAUACGACCGCGGGUCACAUCAAUUUAACUUCAUUUUAUACAUCUCUUGUAAAUAGGUAUAUACAUUUAUAUUUUUCUUUCUUUGUAAAUAUAUUUUUCUGGUGCUAGUGACGCCCCUAGUGGAAAUAAAUUAUUUCUUUCAUUAAACUUCUUAUUGACCGAAUGGCAGGUUUGUACAGAGAAAUAUCGGACCUAGGUUUUUUCUGUGCACACCGAGCCCGCGUAGGGUGAGGUUUGUAUUGCUUGUACAAAACGUCUGAGGUCCGAUAUUUCUCUGUAGCAAGCGAGGUUAAUUUCUCUGUAGCAAGCGAGGCAUUUAUAUAUGCAUUUAUACUUGAAACAAACGAGAAAUGUAUGAUUUGAAAUGCAUAUUAGUGGCGUGGUACACAUUUGGUCGAAGAAAACAAAAAAUAUAAAGAUAUUCCUUCUUUUCAACUAAAAACCAUUCGCAGAUAUCUUAUCAAUAACAAAUUUAUAUUAUAAUUUUCAAAUUUUCAAUUACUUUUGCUGUUUUUUUUUUUUUAAAUGCAUCCGUUUGUUUUUACGUAAUGGAACUAGAAAUAACCAGAUUACAACCUCCACUGCAUGGAACGGAAGGUUAAAAAGAAACUAAAAUUGUUUUUUAGAUGGAUAUGGAAUCGCUGGGCCACAGUGUUUCACUGUGUCAUCAAACAAUGCGUUGGUUUUUGAAGAACGGCUGUGCAAAUCUUGGUAUGUACCGUAGUUAAAAGAUGCUAUACUCACCUGAACGGUUACGUCAAUAUUAAAACCCCAAUGAAUGUUGCAAGUGAACAUUAUAUAUAUGAGGUACACAACUAUUACAUUCCAAGCGCGAACAGCAAGAUUGACAUACCAAAUUUUAAUAUUUUAGCUAUUUGUGUUUUGGCAAUUCUCAGGGCUAUACAUGAUUUAUAAUACAUUUCACCCAAUAGAAUAUCUUAUUCCCAUUAUACUUUAGGCGCUUGGUUGUACAUUCGUCUCAAAUUAAUAUGAACUAAACCAGGGUGAAUUCCAUGUAAACUCCGUGGAGACUUUGAACUAGGUUUGGCGCUUUUUAUCUCGAUAGGACAUUUUAAGCCUCGGUCAACAUAGUGAGAGUUACGUUUCGCUCGUUACUCUGGUUUAAAUAAAUGAUUACAAAGCCCAGUCGAAUUGUAAUCAAGACCCAACGUUUCGAAUUCGACACUCCAGUUUAGUGUCUACAUCAGGGGUGAUCUGAAGUUACAAUCGUGGCUUCUUAAAUACCCAAGGGAUGACGUCACCUGCCAAUGAGAUGCAUGUAUUCCUCUGGCAAAUAGGCCCGUCAUCCCUAUUCAAAGCAUGAUAACUCAUAUUUAUAUGCCACGCUUCUAUGCCACGCUAUAUAUGCCACGCGUGGCAUAUAAAUAUGAGUAAUCAUGCUUUGAAUAGGGAUGACGGUGCCUAUUUGCCAGAGGAAUACGUGCAUCUUAUUGGCAGGUGACGUCAUCCCUUGGGUAUUUAAGAAGCCACGAUUGUAACUUUAGAUCACCCCUGAUGAAGACACUAGACUGGAGUGUUGAAACGUUGGGUCUUGAUUACAAUUCGACUGGGCUUUGUAAUCAUUUAUUUAAACCAGAGUAACGAGCGAAACAUGAUUGAUAUACCUGGUUGCAGUGAACGAACAAACUUUAAAUAAUGAGAGUUGAUAAUAGUUGCAACUCAUGCACUCUCAACAACUCGUAUUAACUUUGAACUAGUUCAAAUUUUAAUGAGAGUUGAUUUUAAUGAGAGUUUUGCCACGCGCGAGGUAAUAUCCAGUCAACUCUUAUCAACUUGACCAGGACUUUAGGUAUAAGUUCUUUGCAUGUUUGCAUCGCAUAAAACAUAUAAUACUUUUGUUUGUGGAAACACCACGUAAAUGUAUUACUGCAAAGCUUUCGAUCCGUAAGCCCGGAUCUUCAUCAGUGCUAAUAAUAUGUGACUUGUUCAAUUCACACGCCCUUUUAUAUAAUAUAUCAAAGUGUCGUGAUCUGUUGGCUCGCGUCAUUUGAAAUUUUCAUUAAACGGUACAUCAACCAGGGGUAUAAUCGGGGCUUUAGGUAUAAUAUGAGGAUGACCCCCUCCCCCUAGCCCUGGCCACUAGUGGCCAGAGGGGGUGCAAGGAGGGUGCUAUUUUCGUGAUAAAGCAAAUAAUAAUAGAGACCAAAUGAGAUACAGUAAUUUGAGCAAUAGUGUAUAAAUAUAAGUAGUGUAAAUUAAUUUCGAAAUGUUUUCAUAAUCAAGAGUUUGUCACAACAAAUGUUAUCACAGAUGACUGCACAUUUUUCUCGCCCUAUGUGCAAAAAAAUGAAAUGAAACAGCACACGUUCUGCACUGCUCUAAUUUAAAUAUGGCAGUGUCAGAGCCGUGAGCAUGAUGUCCUGUAGAAAUUAAUUAUUUUUGUGCUUAUCUAACAAAGAAACAAAGCGAUAGAGUAUAUAAAUAAAGCUCCUGUCAGUCCUGUGGUCAUAAUAAUUUUGAUAUAAAUUAGCGUAUGAACCUUUUACAUAUUACAUAAUUUCUAACCAGUGAUGGAGGUACAGUAUGAAUCUUAAAUAAACAAUAUAAGACCCAAAUAUGAUAUCCGGUGCUUCCCUAUAACCAUGGUAAUUAUUUUAAUGUUUUAUUUCUCUUAUUAUAGACUGUCAUAUGAAGGCACUGACCUUACUACUCAUUGAAAUGUUACACAAACAGUUGUCCCUUGGAAUGUCAAUGAUGUCAUCACUUGUUAUGUUGAAAACAAUCACUCACAACAAACCAUGGGUAAAAUAGAUCAUGUGUUACAGUCGUUACGUAUUAAGGGGAACAUGAUCGUGAAUGAUUAUCACCUGGGUGAAUCUUAAAAAUUAAGAUAGUUUGUGAGAAUUUGAAGAAAAGGAUUUGUAAAUGCUCUCGACAUUCUUUUCAAAUUUGACAAACCCAAUUUUUAUUCCAUUUUGUUUUAAAAUUGUGUAGCCCGUAUUGUGGAAUUCAUGAAUAUUUAUUAACAAAAAUUCAGUCGCGGCAAGGUAUUUGGGCUACAUAUUUAUGUACUAUUUAAAAAACGAGCAGGAGUGUUUUAUUAGGUUUAAAGUCACGAGCGCGCAGGGCGAGUGGCUUUAGACCUAAUAAAACACGACCUGCGAGUUUUUUAAAUGGCUUCAAAAACGUUUGCAUAAUAAGUCAAAUCUUUAUAUAAAAAUCUUUAUAUAAAAAUCUUUAUAUAAAAAUCUUUAUAUAAAAAUCUUUAUAUAGUUUGCAUAACAAUGGUCUUUUGUUAAAGUGUUCUUUAGCUGAUAUAAAGACGUAUGCACGUGACUAAUUUCUUACUCAAGAUUGGAUAAUUGCUUCAUGAAUUAUUAAUGAGUUUUUGAAGUAAAUGUACAUAAUGUCAAUUCCAAUACAGAUACAGAACGUUCUGUAUCAAAAUUAAAAGCACUAAUUCAAUAACUAUUAUAUCUUAUUUCACAAGUAUUAAAAUAUGUUAUGUGUACUCGAUUGCUGCUUGUAUUUUGAAUUUGUAACUUGAAACUGCUUAGAAUAGACGGGUCUGCCGAUUGUCAUCAAUAGUUUCGAGACACAUUGUCUCCAAAAUAGACAGCCGAUGCGCCAGUUCAUUCGAAAUCUUUCCAGAGAAAAUAUUACAUUUUCGCCCUUCUGAACGGAAGUGUGAAAUAAAUUGCGUCAUGGAAAUGAAAUUCGACAGGUCGCACCCAAUCUCGUACCCAGAGCAAUGCCUGUGCGCGGGCUAGGAUGGCAUUGGCUCUGGGGAAAUUCACAACCGGAACCCCUAAGUUUAGGGGUUCCGGUUCUUUGUCGGCAUGCACGAUUGAUAAACGUUAACCAAUCACAGCACAGGAAAAAUUCAAUUUCCCGAGAGCCAAUGCCAUCCUAGCCCGCGCACAGGCAUUGCUCUGGGUACGACAUUGGGUCGCACCCAGAGGUUUUCCCGCCUCGUCGCCUCCGAAAACUCGCCUGACACCAGAAAACCUCUGAACUCAGGGUACGCUCUUUCCUGCCGAAAAUUAAAUCCUUCCCCGGGUUUUCAGAUGGACGAGUAAUUACGUAGUAAAAAAGUCAAGUCAAGCUCUCGAACAACAAAAGAAAUAAAAAAUCACAAUUAAUUAAUUACUCGUAUUUGCCACGAUUUCAUCAAAGUAUAUAUUGUGAAAAAUCUAAUUCUUUGUUUGUAAUCACGUGACUUUUCAUCCAAAUGACGGGCAAUCAAACAACUUGUGGACGAUUUUUCACCUAUUAGAAUGGUUGUAGCAAGAGAAACCGAACGAUAAUUCAUCUUUUGAGUCUUAAACUGUUCCUAAACUCGAUCAAUACAUUAAAAUAGCCGUUUUUUUGUUAUACCUGCCCGUCAACUGAAAUCCCAAAAUUACGUCAUUGCAAACAAAGAAUUAAUAUUGUGAAAAAUAUAGGUAAGAUUUAAGAUUGAGUUUUUAUGUUUUUACUACCGUACACCGGCAGUAGAAAAGUGCUUGUAUUAGUUUCUUCGGCAGGUGAUUACAUCUUCAUCGCACACAUUUAGAUUCCAGUUGCCAAUGGUUCCUUGUUUUUGAUCUCACAUCUCAUGCUUACGUGUUCUGAAUAUUAUAUUGGAGAACUGCUGCAUAUUG